AUGAUAGCCGCGGCCGCACACUUCAUCUCUUCCUCUCCCUUCUCCCGCGCGCUGCUCUCCCCCUUUGACUCUCCCGCGCCGCUCCAGCCUCUUUUUUUCUUGUGCUUUUGCUGCUGCUUCGUCUUCUGCGCCGGCGUUCUAGUAGUUCUCUUGAUGCGCCUGCUGGACGAGCUGUCUUUUUUACCCAGGAGUCAACAGAUCUGCCAGCGAGUAUACCAUAGCGUUGUGUCGUUUGUUUUCCUUCCUAGCAUACCCCGUAUACCCACCAUACCCGGCCGUCAGAGCCUCAGCUUCAGUAACAGUAGACUGCUUGCCUGGAGACUGCCUAGGGGGCGCAUCCGUAUCUUCCAGGAGAGCAGCAGGCCUCUCCCUGCUUCUAUACCGUCUAUACCACCUAUACCUGCGUCUACAUCUACAUCUGUAUCAUCUUCUACCUCUGGUAGCCCAUCUGGUGGCAGAGUCUCUAUGCUUCCAUCCUCUGCCCUCCAUCUCCAUCGCCAUAGCAACAUGAAUGAAGGCUCUCACUUCACUUCACCUCACUUCGCCUGCCCGCUUACCUCACCCACACAAAGACAAAGACGCGCUUCUCCCUCCUUCAAUAUCAAAACAUCAACAAUAUUUUCUUCCCUCUCUUCUUUUUUGUCCUCCCAACAACAACAUCACCACGUCCGUUACCGUCUUUACAGCUUCAACGUCUACUCACCAUCCUUGCUUUUAUCGCGUUCAAGUCUGCUCUACCAUCUGCUCCUUUGUCUAUCUUUGCUCUGCCAAAUCCACCAGAUCGGUCCUCUCGACUUCACCGGCUUCAAAGCUCAAGGUCUUGACAUCUUGUCUUCUCUCCGUUUACCACCUUGCAAGACUGUCAACGCCCUUCUUUACCCUUCUAUCAAGCUCAAAGACGUCUGUUACUGUCUUCUUUACCCUCUCUACCGCGUGCACGAGGUCUAUCAGACCGUCUUCUCUCUCGUUGCCCUUCUAUCACGCCCAGAGACUCCUGUUUACCCCUUACCAAAAUCCUCUUCUACCACGCGUAUCAAGACUAUCAAGUCUACUCUACGUCUAUCAAAGGCCAUCGCGUCCAUAUCCAUCUCUACCAAGGCCUUUUCUUCUCUCUUCUACGCGUCUCACGUCUUCAAACUGCUACCAAAACUCCCUUACACCCCUCUAUCAAACCUCUAUCAAAUCCAUCACAGCCACUCUACAGCCAUCACAAUGGCCUCUCAAUCAGAGCAGAUGGAAUGGGAGCCUACUACCCCCAUCAGAACUCUUCUUCCAGGACAAGUUCUAACUUUACAGCGCGAAUUACUCGUUGCUCGUGCAGGUCGAAGACGCACCAUGGGACUAGAAUAUCCCGUCACUUCAGUCGACCACCGUCCAGCACUCACCAGACGUCCUCUGGAGAGAAGCUCGCCCAAAAGGCAGUGGGCUCGUAUCCUCGCUGGCGUCGAUGUCAGGUUUGGAGAAGCUCCGCCUGCUGCCCCAGAGAAUGGCCCCGUUACUCAGCCUUGUUUACCCCUGAACAAGGACUCGCCUCCUAUCACGCCUAGAAAGCGCGUUAUUGAAGAAGUCGACGAGCCAGAGCAGUACAAAGACCAUUUCUCUGACCAGCAGGGACAGGAAGCACCCUCUUCUGUACCAAAUGUGAUUGAUUCCCCUCAGGAUGUCUCAAUGGUUGAUGUCUUCACUCCUCCCCAUCAGUCUGAGGAAGCCGCUCCCUCUCAGCCUCGACCUAACUGGUUUGAACUACAAAACAGAAAUCGAGAUGGCAUGGCAGGCUCAAGCCUUGAGGCAUCAUUGCAAUUCGGCAGCUCAAGCCACGGAGCUGUCGAUGUCAAUUCACUUCUUUCGCAAAUUCCAGGCAGCUGGCCAGCGUCCCCGCCCAGACCCUUGGCGGCGCCAGUUGACCUGCCCGUCCAGCCCUCUCCUGAGGUAAAGGACGCUCUGCCAUCACCAAACUCUCGAGCUAGGGAGUUUCUGAUGGUGGGGGGCAUAGAAUCUGCCGGCCCGGAAAGAAGUACAGUGGUGCCUCGCCCGGCUGACGUCCCCAUGACAUUCUUACAGCCUGAGUCACGUCUUCUCAAGUUUGCCGAAAUGCUUAAUGGACUGCUAUGGCUGGACAGUACAAACCAGCAAGAACAUUAUUUCGUCAGCGAAGAGAAUAGCCAUCGAUUCAUGGACGUCCCAGACCUCACAGGCUACCCCCUUACCCGCUGUUACAAGGCAAUCUCCACGCAGAAGAACCGAAUCGAGACGUGA